CCAGGUCUUUGGAGCAGGGGGACGCGGCAGUCUCUCUCCAUGGCAGCCAUAGUCGCUCUCCUCCUCCUCCUGUUCUGGUGUGGGCGCCCCCAGGCCGCCGCAGACAGCAUCCAGACGGUCUAUGUCGUCUCGGGGGAGUCAGCCGAGCUGCCGUGUCCCUCGCCGCCCUCCCUACUUGGGGGCCAGGUCCUCACCUGGUUCCGCAGCCCUGCUGGAAGCUCCUCCACCAUCUUGGUGGCCCAGAUCCAAGUAGACAGGCCAGUCUCGGAUCUGGGGAAGCCUGAGAAUGACUCCAGGUUCAAAGUCCUUGGGAACUACUCCUUACUGCUGGAGGGGCCCGGGGACGAAGAUGCCGGUCGGUACUGGUGCAUGGUGAGGGACCAGAGCCAUAAAUACCAGAACUGGAGGGUGUACGAUGUCUCCGUGCUCAAAGGGUCCCAGUUCUCUGUGAAGUCCCUGGAUGGCCUCUCUUGCUCUGCCCUCCUGUGCUCUGUGGUCCCCGCCAGGCGUCUGGACUCCGUGACCUGGCUAGAGGGGAGGAAUCCUGUGAGAGGACAUGCUCAGUACUUCUGGGGAGACGGAGCUGCCCUGCUGCUGGUGUGUCCCGCAGAGGGGUUUCCUGAGACCAGGGGCCGUAAGCCGAGGAGCAUCCGCUGCCUCAUGCCUCAGAACAAAAGAUUCAUCUUUAGCCUGGCAGCUUCCACAGAACCGUCUCCCGCCACGUGCACCUCUGCCCGGGGCUGGGAUGUGCCCGGGGUGCUGCUGCUGCUCACAGCCGGCCUGGGGGUCACCAUCAUAGCCCUCAGCAUUGUGCUCUGCAGGCAGAGGGCCCAGCGGUCUCAGGACAGAGAACCCUCGAUGCCUCACUUCAAACCUGAAGUCCAGGUCUAUGAGAACAUCCACUUGGCCCACCUUGGCCACCAAGCUGGCGGGGACAGGGAGGACCUGAGGAAGGGAGAAACAUCAUUCUGUGGUGCCACGUACAAAAAGGUGUGGUCUCCUGUCUUGACGCAGCUGGUAGAGGAGGGACCCAGAGGAGAGUCGCCACCGGCAGCAGCAGAGGUGAUGAACCCCCAGUUGGCCGGGAUCCUACUGUGCGUCCUGCUAGGCGCUGCCUUGGGACACGGCACGCGGUGUUAUGACUGCGGUGGAGGCCCCAGCAGCUCCUGCAAACAGACGGUGAUCACCUGUGCUGAGGGUGAGCGCUGCGGCUUUCUGGACCGCAAACCCCAACCCAACCCAGGACAAGCCAAGCAACCGUCCAUGGCCUUAAGUCAGCACCACCCAGCCUGCGUGGCCACCCACCAUUGCAAUCAAGUGGACAUAGAGUCCGUGGGCGGCGUGACCUUCACAACCCACAAAAAUUGCUGCGUCGGAGACCUGUGCAACGGCGCCACGGCGAGCUCCCUGACUCCGCUCUGUAUCCUGGCUGCAGCCGUUACCGCCCUGGCCUGGCUCUUACCAGGCCUGUAGAGCCACAGUGGAUUGAGGGUAGGGUGGGGACUGAGGGACCUGAGCAUCCAAGGUGAGCAGGCAGAAACUGCUUUGUGUGCCAUUAAAAUGCAUGGACUGUUCUAGAGCUAUUAAAUGCCAUCCGUUUU